GGCUGAGGCGAGGCCGGCCGGGCCCCGCCCUCUCCCGGCAUUCCCUGCGCCUGCUCGGCUGGGCACGGUUCGGCUCGGCUCGGCUGGGCUUUGCGGCUGCACUCACAGCAUGGCCGCCUACAGCAAGUACCUGACCGUGCGCCACUCCGCCAUCGCCGGGGCUACCGCCGCGGCCUGCGCGCUCCUUUGCCUGCUCAACAAGCGGCGGGCGGCAGCGCAGCACGGUAAAAGAAGUGGAAAACAAGCGUUGCAGAACAAUGAGCAGAAGGAGGGAAAGAAGGAGCGAGCAAUGGUGGACAGAGUGUUUAUUGCAAGAAUAUGUCGAAUCCUGAAAAUAAUGGUCCCUAGAACACUUUGUAAAGAGACAGGUUAUUUGCUGCUUAUUGCUGUGAUGCUGGUGGUCCGCACGUAUUGUGAUAUCUGGAUGAUUCAAAAUGGAACAGUCAUUGAAAGUGCAAUCAUUGGCCGCAGCAGAAAAGAUUUCAAGAAAUACUUGUUCAACUUCAUCGCUGCAAUGCCUGCUAUUUCUUUAGUGAAUAACUUUCUGAAGUAUGGUCUAAAUGAAUUGAAACUUUGCUUCCGAGUAAGGCUUACCAAAUACCUCUACGAGGAAUAUCUUAAAGGGUAUACGUACUACAAAAUGGGAAAUCUGGACAACAGAAUAGCUAAUCCAGAUCAACUGCUUACACAGGAUGUGGAAAAAUUCUGUAACAGUGUCGUGGACCUGUACUCGAACCUUAGCAAGCCCUUCCUGGAUAUAGUUUUGUAUAUCUUCAAGCUAACAAGUGCAAUAGGAGCUCAGGGUCCAGCUAGCAUGAUGGCAUACUUGAUUGUUUCGGGGUUUUUCCUUACACGUUUAAGGAGACCAAUUGGCAAGAUGACUAUUGUAGAACAAAAAUAUGAAGGAGAGUACAGAUAUGUCAACUCACGGCUUAUUACAAACAGUGAAGAAAUAGCUUUUUAUAAUGGAAACUUGAGAGAAAAACAGACUAUUCACAAAACCUUCCGUAAACUGGUGGAGCAUUUGCAUAAUUUCAUCCUGUUCCGGUUCUCUAUGGGUUUCAUUGAUACUAUUAUUGCCAAAUACCUUGCCACUGUGGUUGGGUACCUGGUUGUUAGUCGUCCAUUUUUGAACCUGUCUGAUCCUCGUCAUCUGAACAGUACUCAUGCAGAACUUUUGGAGGAUUACUACCAAAGUGGAAGAAUGUUACUGAGAAUGUCUCAGGCUUUGGGCAGAAUAGUCCUAGCAGGCCGUGAAAUGACCAGAUUGGCUGGUUUCACAGCUCGAAUCACAGAAUUAAUGCAGGUUCUGAAGGACUUGAAUAGUGGCAAAUAUCAGCGUACGAUGGUAUCACAAGAAAAAGAUGCAGAUAGAAAUCAAGCUUUGCCUUUGAUACCCGGAUCUGGAGAAAUUAUCAACACUGAUAACCUUAUAAAGUUUGAUCAUGUUCCAUUGGUGACACCUAAUGGAGAUGUUUUGAUUCAAGACCUUAACUUUGAGGUUCAAUCUGGUGCAAAUGUUCUGAUUUGUGGGCCAAAUGGGUGUGGCAAGAGCUCACUUUUUCGUGUUCUUGGUGAGUUGUGGCCUUUGUUUGGUGGGCGUUUAACAAAACCUGUAAGAGGGAAGUUGUUCUAUGUUCCCCAGAGACCAUAUAUGACACUUGGAACUCUCAGAGAUCAAGUUAUAUAUCCAGAUACUUUAGAAGAUCAGAGAAAGAAAGGGAUUUCUGACCAGGUGCUGAAGGAGUACUUGGAUAACGUCCAGCUGGGUCCGAUCUUGGAACGUGAAGGGGGCUGGGAUAGUGUUCAGGAUUGGAUGGAUGUCCUCAGCGGGGGAGAAAAACAGAGAAUGGCAAUGGCAAGAUUAUUUUAUCAUAAGCCUCAGUUUGCAAUUCUGGAUGAGUGCACCAGUGCUGUUAGCGUUGAUGUAGAAGGCUACAUUUACAGCCACUGCCGAAAGGUUGGCAUCACUCUCUUCACUGUCUCACACAGAAAGUCGCUCUGGAAACAUCAUGAUUUUUACUUGCAUAUGGACGGCAGAGGGAACUACGAGUUCAAGAAAAUAACGGAAGACACAGUUGAAUUUGGAUCUUAACUCAUGAACUGAACUGCUGCAGAGAUGAACUGCCACAGAUACUGGUGAUUACAGAAAAUGCGUAGAAUCACAGACAUUGUACAAUAAAACUACUCAGCUUGUUUUUUAAACAAAUUAACUAGGAUAACCCAAAACAAACUGUUAAGCAUUUACUUUUAUGUAGGAUAUUGAUAAUUGUGUAUAUGUUGGUUUAAUUAUUGAUAUGUACUAAGAAUGUCCUUAUUCUUGUGGUUUAAAAACCUGCCUAAAUUAAAUUGGGCUUAAAUCAGUGUAACCCGAUUCAUCCUGGGAUGCAAACCAUUUGAAAUCAGUUGAUUUGACUUUUGUAGACCUUCUUUCCCUUCAGUGAAAAGCCCUGUUAAAAUUAGGGUUGCUACCUCUCUUCUUCCUGCAAAGCAGUCUUGGAUUUUUGCUCUGUUCUAUGCAUAUUUCUGAGUUAUCUCACACGGUGCAGGACAUUCCCCCACCUUCAGAUCUGUGCCCUGUUAAAUGAAAGAGCCUUUUCCUUGACCAACCCUUGUCAUUUAGCAAAUACACCCUCGCUGAUAAAGGAUGGACUGAACCUAAAAGACAGAAGUAGUUCCUUCUGCUUAAAAAAUUAAGCUUGGUCUUUGCUGGCUUUCAGAUUAUUUUUAACAUCUGUCCGUCCAUACAAUUUUCUCUUCUGCUCAGCAAUCCUAUUCUCUACCAAUUUAGCAAGAGCUUCAUCCAUCCCCCCACUCCAGCUGUCCUUUUUCUGUCAGAGAAAUACUUUGGUAAUGAAGAGUCCAGAGGAGGCUGAGGGAGGAAAGGACUGGAGAAAAAACAAAGUUUUGUUCCAUGUGUCAAACAGUCUGUGUGUGUUUUCAGUUCUGAGGAAACGAAUGGCUCCCACAGUAGAAACAGAGAAAAGAAUAUGGGUCCAGUCGUUCUCCUCUGGAAAUCAGGAGGGGUUAGAAUGGACUCAAAAAUGUUCAUCUGUGACACAGCAGACUGUUGUCUGUCCUCUGUGUGUUCAGUCCUGUAAUACAGCAGUUGCUUUUUCCAAGUUCUUCCUUUUCUCCCUCUUCAAAAACUGAGAUCUCCUUGCAGUUUUAGCUGCCCUUCAGAUCUGAGCUUAAAAGUAAGUGAUAAUGGUAAUUCCUGCUUGGACUUCUGGGCUGCGAAAGAUGAAAUUAUGCUUUCAUCGUUCACAUUUAUUCUCUUGUUUGUCAUGAGAUUUCUUGAUUUCUGAUACAAAUUAUUCACCAGUGAUUCUUGUUGUUGUCUAAGGAUCUCUGGGCCCUGUUCGUUUUCUUGGUCCAGCUGCCAAAUCCCUUUGAAGAAACAAAGCUUUUAAAAUCAUUUACUGUAGCCAUUUUUUUCAUACAGAUGAUUACUGUGAUUGCCAUAUGAAUUUGACAUAAAUGCAGCAAGAUGAUUUUUGUGAUCAGAGAAUAGGAAAGUGUUAAACAAUCACUGUUUAGGCUUUAAAACAAAAAUUUACAAUACCUGUUAUACAGUGAAGGUCUAGUAGAUUUUUAGUGUUCCAUAUAAAAUUUAAUGUAGGAAUGCACUACAUGAAGGCAUGCAUAAAAUAUGCAAUAAAUCUGUUCUCUGUGCAUCUUUGUUAAGUGUUUAGAUUAAAUACAAAGCCAACUUUUUCUAAAACGAAUAGGUACUUAAAUGCACCACUGUCUGUUAAUUCUUACCCAAUUUGAUUAGUUAUCAUCGUUCACAUUGAAAUUGCUACCUGUUGUUAUUUUUCCUUUAAUCAUAGUUCUUGCCCAUACCUGUCAGUACUACUGUUUUUUCGUAGUACUCAAAUGCAAACAGCUCUCCUGGAGUAAGAAUCUUGUGGCCACAGGAGAUGCACAGUAUAAUGCAGCAAUGAAAAUCAAAAAAGCCUCUCUGAAGUGUUCCAUAUUCAAGAGAAUAAAGUACCAGAAUAAGGUUUUGUGCUUGGUCCACAAGAAGGCAAAUAGAUAUCUCAUCUCAUCUCAUCUCACUAAUUGUUUUUCUGUUCAUUGAUUCUCACAUCAGCCAUAACAUAGCAUGUAGCAGCAUGCUGUAUGUGAGGUGGUCGUCUUUUUUUAAUUGUAACCGUGAAAAUAGGUGUGCCAGACAGCUAUUUCUUUUCUUUUGUGAAAGUUCUCAGCACAAAGGCAACUUCUUCUCUUGGAAGGGAUGUUUUAGUAGCCUUAUAGAAAGGCAAAAAAAAAUAUCUCUAAAAUGAGAAAGUUGCUGUUAUCCUUGUGACUAGGGCAGGCUUUGCAGUGGGAUAGUGAACUUGGGAUACUUUAAUGUAUUUUUAACACUAACAAACAAAACAAGCUGACACUUAUAUAGCAACCUGGCAGCCAAUCCCAAGGUACUUCACAAUUGACUUGGUUAAUAACAGAUUUUUGUGUAAUCACAGAUUUAUUUUAAAAACUAAAACAAAACAAAAAAAUCCAACUGCAUAACCAAGGAGGAAUAGCUUUGCCUUUAGAUGCCAUGAAGUUCUUUGAAACUGAGGAUGCUAGUAUUACCUUGGGGCCAGGACGUAGUGUUUCUAAAUAGACUGGAAGGAAAGAAAAAUAUUCUUCUGUGCUUGUAAGAGAAGCUUAUAAAGAAAGCAUUAAAUAGAAUGAUGGCUUAGAAUUUUAUUCUUAAAAGGCCUUACAUUAAAGUAUUUUGAGAUAGACUUGGUCUAAUGAAAGAUUGUAAACAAUCUAAUGAAGAUGAUCCAAGUCUCAGGUCUGUUGCAGAAUUGCACUGUGAUACUGUAUUUUAGCUGUUAGUUCUUCUUAAUACCAUAAGCUGGAAAUUUGCAAAUUGGAAUUCUGAACUAUCUUAGUAAGACAAAGUACUGAUGAAUAUUUUCAGUCUCAAACUGUUGGUGCUUUGAAGAUGGUACUGGUAAUAGUCAGAUGACUGCAUUUCAACAGUGGUGGGAAACAUUCCUGUAUGCAAAUACUGUAAAGUGUUUUGGAGGGGGAAAUGGCGCUAAAUAAAUGUAAGACAUUAAGUGCCUCUGAAAUAAUAAUAAAUCUAAAGAUAAAAUGUA